AUGGCCGAAACCUCGAGAGACCCGGAGCUCGCAGAAGCCGAAAACAUCGACGAGGUUCGCGCAGCUUUGAAUCUGAUGUGUGCUUCCACUGCGCCCAAAAAAAAGCCCUUACCUGAAAGAGACUCCUGGAGCAGCAAGCUUGAUUUUAUUCUCAGUGUUGUCGGACUGGCCAUCGGGCUGGGAAAUGUGUGGCGAUUUCCUUACCUCUGUUACAAAAACGGUGGCGGCGCGUUCCUAAUCCCCUAUUUCUUAACCCUGUUCCUCGCCGGGAUUCCCAUGUUCUUCAUGGAGCUGGCGCUGGGCCAAAUGCUGACCAUCGGGGGCCUCGGCGUCUUCAAAAUCGCCCCCAUUUUCAAGGGAAUCGGGUACGCAGCCGCGGUCAUGUCCUGCUGGAUGAACAUUUACUACAUCGUUAUCCUCGCCUGGGCCAUUUUCUACUUCUUCGUCUCUAUGAGGAGUGUCGUUACGACCACAGUCUUGCCCUGGGCUUCUUGUAACAAUGUUUGGAACACCAAAAACUGCAUCAAUCCGUACAACCGCAGCUCGCUUCACUGUUGGGACCAAAUUUCCAAAAGUGGUGUCGUUAAAAUGUGCUCUGUUAACAGUGUUAAUGUUUCUGUUUCUGAACUCAGUGAUCCUGUUAAAGAAUUUUGGGAACGACGAGCAUUGCAAAUCUCAGAAGGAAUAGAGCAUGUAGGAGGAGUUCGUUGGGAGCUGGCCGGUACAUUAUUAAUCGUCUGGAUAAUGUGCUACUUCUGCAUCUGGAAAGGGGUAAAGUGGACCGGAAAAGUCGUCUACUUCACAGCUUUAUUUCCGUACGUACUUCUCACAAUUUUACUUAUCCGAGGAAUAACUCUACCCGGCGCGAUGGAGGGCAUACACUUCUAUAUCAGCCCGAACCUCUCAAAGCUCAAAGAAUCUCAGGUAUGGAUUGACGCAGUAACGCAAAUUUUCUUCUCAUACGGUCUGGGUCUGGGAACGCUGGUCGCUUUGGGAAGCUACAACAAGUUCACGAACAACGUCUACAAGGAUGCGCUGAUCGUCUGUACAGUGAAUUCCUCAACGAGUAUGUUCGCCGGGUUUGUAAUUUUUUCGGUAGUAGGAUUCAUGGCGCACGAGCAGCAGAAGCCGGUUGCUGAAGUGGCAGCUUCUGGUCCGGGGCUGGCCUUCCUGGCUUAUCCUUCGGCGGUUCUCCAGCUGCCUGGAGCCCCGCUCUGGUCUUUCGGGUUGUCUUGCAUAUCCCAGGGCGGAAUGUACGUCUUCCAAAUCCUUGAUUCCUACGCGGUGUCUGGUUUUUGUCUGCUCUUCCUCAUUUUCUUCGAGUGCAUCGCUAUUAGCUGGGCUUUUGGAGUCAAUAGAUUCUACGAUGGUAUCAGAGAUAUGAUUGGAACGCCUGGAGAUACUAGUACGAAAAUGAAAUUACUAGUAAGAAUAGAAGAAGACGUACCGAGUUUACGAGUGAAAAUGGGUCUUCCAGCAGUAGAAUUAUCACCAUUGUAG